AUUAUACGCACAAUAAUGAUUUACGAAUGAUUCGCACUUUUGUUAUUUAUAUCAAAUUAACAGGUAUGGAUUGGGAUUAUACUUAGCCUGCUGUUUGUGGCCAUCGCCCUCUGGCUGAUUUCUCGAUUUCAAUUAAAAAAUUAUCCGCAAUCGUUCCACGGAGACACGAAAUUGAUUCCCCACUUUUGGUUUCUCCUCCGAGUCAUAUUAGCUAAUCCCAAGGAGGUUGCAACUUUCACGUUGGCGACGAGACUGUUGGUCGCCACUUUGUGUCUGAUGGCUGUUGUAUUCAUCAACUCUUACACCGGAAUUUUAGUUUCCUACUUAAUGGCUCCGAAAUUCCUGCCGUUGAUCACCACAGUCCAAAGUUUAGCGGAUAGCCGGGAGAUCACCGUAGCGGUGUCAAAACACACUUCAGUGGAAGCUGCACUAUUUGCUGCAACGUCCGGACCGUUGGCUAAAAUUGGCGAUCAACUCCGAGCUCACCCUGAAGACCGGUUGAUGACAACCUUGGAGAACAUCGAAGAUAAAGCCUUUUAUCAGGGGAAAGCAUUUGCUCACGAAGAAACGACGCUGUUUGUGCGAAUCCACGAUGAUUUGUUAUCUACUAGACAUUGUCGCCUGGCGAUAGCCAAGGAGCUGCUUUUCUCAGAUCAGCAAGCCCUUGCCUUGGCCAAAUCAAGUCCCCAAACAAGCUUAUUUAACUACGAGAUUGUAUGGCUACAACAAAUGGGUUUGUUGAACUAUUGGCGAGCUACCUUCUUGCCGAAACCAAAUCGGUGCUCAGCUCCGGUUCCUACUUUGCGUUCAACUCCCACUGAAAAAUUAACACUAAACAAUCUUUCGAGUGCUUUCCUGCUACUUUGUUGGCGUCGUUGCUUCGGUUUUGGCUUUUGCUUUGGAGCUCAUUUCUCGGAAAUACAGAAAUCCCAUUCAAAUAGACGAAGCUAGUAGGCCCAAUGAGUCUGUAAUACAACUUUAAUCGAAUUCGUAAAAAAGU